AUGAGGUUUCCUUGGGGAGGAAAGGAGCGUGUCAAGGAUCUUGAGCUGAAGCUUGAUGAGGUUUCCUUUGGGAGGAAGAAAGCAGAUGAUACUAAUGAGUCUCGUGCCCAACAAGUAGAGGAACGUGUCAAGAAUCUUGAGCUGAAGCUUGACGAGGUUUCCUUGGGGAGGAAGUUAUCAGAUGAUGAUAAUGAGUCUCGUGCCCAACAAGUAGAGGAGCGUGUCAAGGAUCUUGAGCUGAAGCUUGAUGAGGUUUCCUUGGGGAGGAAGAAAGCAGAUGAUACUAAUGAGUUUCGUGCCAAACAAGUAGAGAAACGUGUCAAAAAUCUUGAGUUGAUGGAAUUGGAACUUAAUAUGUGUUGGAAGCCGAAGCUUGAUGAGUUAGAGGGUAAGAAAACUGAUGAUGGUAUUAUCUUUGAACAAAUCGAGGAUCGUGUCAUGGGUAUAGAGUUCAAGCUGGACAGCUUGAAUACAAAGCUUGAAGAGAUCUCCAAAGAGAAGAAGAAAGCUGAUGAUGCUGAUGACACACAGGUCCGUGUCUAA